GGCUUUUCCAAGAAUCAACCGUAUUCUUUGCUUCCAAACAACAGCAGAAAACUGCUGUCACAAUCUGGAGGGAAUCUCCCUGCAGCAAUCCGACAGUUUUCAAGAACCAAUUUUUAUACUAACAAACCAUCCAGUUCCAUCCCUUCUUUGACAUCUUCAAAGUUUAUUUUGCUUACAAUAAGAUUGGAAUUCUGAAAUUGGGCAACUCAACUGGGAAAAAAGCUGUCUUUUUUUGAAAAUAAUCUCUUAUUUUUUGUAGCAGUUUUGGUUGGAUUUGAUUUGAAGAUCCUAGAGAGAAAUGGAACCCCCGAUGGGGUUGUGGGCUUCUUUGUGGAGUUUCAUACGUUUCUUGCCUUUCUUCAUUGGCCUUCUAAUUCUGGGAGUUCUCAAAGGUAUUAUGAUGUUCCCGGUGGUGUUUCUUGUUAUCACGUUCGGAAUCUCUGUGAUAAUACUCAGUCUUUUGCCUAUUCACUGCUUUCAUACCUAUUAUUGCGUUUUGAGCACGAAGCAAUUUGGUCCCGGUUUGAAGCUCGUGCUGUGCAUUUGCAUUCCCAUCUUUGUAAUAGCAUGGCCCCCCGUUGGAAUUGCCUGUGCUGUCUUUGGUGGUGCAGCUUACGGCCUGCUUGCACCGAUGUUUGCCACGUUCCAGGCAAUCGAGGAAGGGAAAACGGACAAAUUCUAUCACUGUAUUUACGAUGGAGUUUGUAGCACUCUGAAAGGAAGCUUCACUAUCAUCCGAGACUUCUUAGAUGUUUGCUUCUUUUCUUAUUUCUCAAUUAUGGAUGAGCUACGACGUCAAGGACCUGCAGAGGGGAAAUACUAUGAGAUCAGAUUGAUUUACGUUCCCCAAGCUCUAAUAGCUGGGGUGCUCGGUGCAUUGGUCGAUUUUCCCGUGAUCUCAGUUAUAGCUCUGUGUAAGAGCCCUUACAUGCUUUUCAAGGGCUGGCAUCGUUUGUUUCACGAUUGCAUCGGACGUGAAGGACCAUUCUUGGAGACUAUUUGCGUGCCAUUCGCUGGUCUGGCCAUUCUACUCUGGCCGUUGGCGGUUGUAGGGGCCGUGUUGGGCUCCAUGGUGUCGAGCAUCUUCUUGGGCGCUUAUGCUGCUGUGACCGUCUAUCAGGAGAGGUCUUUCUGGUAUGGAUUGUGUUAUAUUGUUGCUUCAGUUUCUAUUUACGACGAAUACAGCAACGAUAUCCUCGACAUGCCCGAAGGGUCCUGCUUUCCUAGACCGCGUUAUAGAAAGAAAUCGAAGAUGCCUCCGUCGCACACUAAUUCGUCUGCUUCUAUUUCACGGCCGAGUUCUUUCGAAAAGGCGCCCUCACGAACGAGCUCUCUAAUGCCACCUAUGGUCGAGUUGAAGACUCUCGAGUUAGCCGAUGCCUUGUUUGAGGAGUGCCGGCGCCAGGGUGAAGCUAUGGCUUCGGAAGGGAUAAUAACGCUAAAAGAUAUCGAGGAUGACAAGAAUGACAAAUCCGGUGGAGGAGUGCUCAGCGUUGGCUUACCGGCUUAUUGCAUUCUUCAAGCACUUCUACGAUCAGCGAAAGCCGACACAAGUGGCAUAUUGCUAAGUGACAACGAGACUGAAAUAACCUCAUCGAAUAGGCCUUCGGACAAGUUCUUCGAGUGGUUUCUCAAUCCGCUCGUGAUCAUCAAAGACCAGAUCAAAGCCGACAGGCUUUCCGAGGAAGAGGAGCUAUACCUUGGGAAGUUGGUUUUACUGAGCGGAGAUCCGGUAAGGCUGAAGAACUCCAACAUCGGCCCGGUGCCUAAAUCCGAGAUCAGACAAGCCGAACUCGAUGCUAUUGCUCGAAGACUACGAGGAAUCACUAAAUCUAUAACGAGAUACCCGACGUUCAGACGUCGUUUUGAUGCUAGUACAAAGUGCAUUCUCGACGAGCUUGCUAGGAAGAACGAAGGUAGUGGAAAACCAGGCAGCCGGAGUCCAUCGCUGCAGAAAUCGAAGAGUAUGUUUGGGAGGGUGUUUAGUAAGAAAUCAUCGAAAGGUAGAUCGAGUGAUCAUGGCGAUUCGCAGGAGAACCCAAUGGCCUUGGAAAGAGAUGUCGAAAUCGGAUGAUUCUGUUGUUGCUUCUGCUGUUAAAUUUGCCAUUUUUAGGUGUGUAAAUCUACUUACAUUGCAAACCUUCUGUUGCAUAGCUCCAUUAAUAUACUAUAUGCAUAGUUCCAUUGCAAAAGUAAAAA